AUACGUGCGGCAAGAGUACGCCGAGCGACAGUCGGCUCAUCUGGCCAAAGAGUGCGAAAGAAGCGAAGAUUCACGGCUUUGAAUUUGGUGUUAUUAUUUACACAUCGGCGGGAAUCACAGUGAUACGGAAUUAUUUUUAUUAAUUUCAUAGGAAUUUAAGUGUUAAACAAACAAAACACAACGAUGUUGAUGAAACAGGUGGCGCUCCUUGUACUUGGAGCGAUUGUUGUCUCCGCCCAGAGGCGGCUAGCACUUCCGGAUCCGAGAAGUUGUUCCAACCGUGUUCGCCACGCGACUUACAGAGAUGCGCGCGGUGUAACUCACUCGUACUUCUUCAGCUGGGAGCAUCAACCAACGCGAGGAUUAGAGGUCGAUUGGUUGGACGCACGUAACAUUUGCCGCCGUCAUUGCAUGGACGCCGUUUCGCUGGAGACGCCACAAGAGAACGAAUUCAUUAAACAGCGUAUUGCCCGCGGUGCUGUUCGUUACAUUUGGACGUCCGGCAGGAAAUGUAACUUCGCUGGUUGCGAGCGCUCUGAUUUACAGCCGCCAAAUGUUAACGGUUGGUUCUGGAGCGGUUCCGGCGCGAAGAUCGGACCGACUACACAGCGCAACAGCGGUGACUGGAGUGCUACCGGCGGGUACGGCCAGGCUCAACCUGAUAACCGCGAAGCUGCGCAGGGUAACGAUGAAUCCUGCUUAUCCAUCCUGAACAACUUCUACAAUGAUGGAAUUAAAUGGCACGACGUCGCCUGCCAUCAUGUGAAGCCGUUCGUCUGCGAAGAUAGCGAAGAGCUGCUCAACUUCGUAGCGUCGCGGAAUCCCGGCAUUCGUGUCUAAUUAACGCACACACUUGAAGAAAAUACACUAUAAAUGCAACACAAACGAUAAAAGCAAACAUUUGACAGUUGGAAACAUUUCAACAGUGAGUUUAAUUUACAUUUUUCUAUUUCUUAAGAUUUAGUCAAAAGUUUUAACUCACAAAUUACACACACGACCACACUCGAACAAACACAGCAAGUAAAUGAGCAAAACAUUAAUUUAAAUAAUUUUAUUUUAAAGUAUAAUUAUUUGUGUAAUUAUUAUUAUUAUUUAUAAUACAUUUUAUUUCAAAGCGAA